CAAAAAAAAAGUGAAUAAGUAAAAAAAAAAGAAAUAAAUAAAUUUCUUAAAAAAGAGAAAUAAAUAAAUUUUUCUAAAAAAAAAGAAAUAAAUAUAAAAUUAAUACAAAUUGUAAAAAGAAGAAAAAAAAAUGUUGAAACUGUGCAGUGUACUGUUUGUUUUAAUAACACUUUCAUUAUCAUCGCAUCGAGCCAAUGGGAAUUGUUGUACAAAAACAAAUUUAAGAUUUCGCAUAAAUGGAACUCAAACAUGUGAAAAUUUCCAAGAAGCUUCAAAAAUGCUUUAUCAAAAAGGUUUCGCCCUUGUGGAAAAUGAUCCGCAUUAUUGUAGCACUUGGGUGUGUGGCGACGGCAAACCUCCACUAUUGGAUGGAUAUUAUUGUGGCAAAGGCUCAUGCAAUAUGUUUGGUUGUAAUUGUGACGGUGGUUGUAUCAAAGGAUCAGCACAUAAGUCCUUUCAAAAAUUAUACGGCGAUAAAGUAUACGAUGUAAAAUAAUGAAUACCAUUAUAAAAGAAAUUUCUCUACUUUAAUUAAAACCUAUACUAAUUUACUACUA